AUGGAAAUUGCCAUCACUCACUACGAGGCCUUCAAAAAAUUUCUUGCAUCACAUCUUGCCAAGGAGCAAGCCAAUGAUUCAAGAACAAAUGCGCGGAACAAAUUAAUUAAACUCACAAAAGUGCAGUUUCAAGAACUUUCUACUGAUGUGUAUGACGAGUUAUCCCGGCGGCUAUUGGGUUCAAGUGCGGGUAUUACUAUUCCUUUCCUUCCCGUAAAUGAUUCCUUUCAUCCAAAAAGGAAUCAAGCACGACAGAAGUUGGCAACACUACCCAAGAAUCGAUUUAAAGAUCUGGCGAGCGAUGUUUAUUAUGAAUUAGAGAGACGCUAUCCUGAGCUAAAAGAAAUGAAUUUCUCAAAUCCACCAUAUGGCUCUCCUCCUCCAUAUAACUCCCCAUUAUACAACAAUAAUCCUUCUCAACAACCAUCAAUAGAUGGUGCUGCAUCAGGCCAAGCUACAGAAUCGAAUACUAUUGUACCUGAAACCAGUACACUAAGACAAGAGGUAAUCUCCGUUGACUUUCGCAUUCAGAAACCAAAUAUCCGACCAGAUACUUCAAACGUUACUACCAAUGCCGAAAGUAGCCCAAAGCCUUAUUCCUCCAACAAUAGUAGUAAUAAUAAUUUUGGCAAUAAUUUCCCACCAGUACCAGACGGUUUGCCCCCGGAGUAUGGGUCACCGAAGAGUCGUACUCAAUCAUCCACAUCAUCUGUAUCUGAUACUGGGCAUCGUCGUACAAAUGGCACUAGUAUUAGUAGUAUUAGCAGCAGUUCAAGUAGAGGAAACAGAGACACAACUAAUAGUCAAAAAAGUAAUAAACCUGAUACUGUUAAUUUUGCCUCACUUGAUAGUUUAAUGGCUGACUUGGGAGAUAUGAUUGAUCCUAAAAAAUCUUCAAAUGAAAAUUUAACUACACAAACUGGAGGAAGAAAUGAUAUACAUUCCGAAAUAAAAACAUUAAAAUCUGAUUAUGACCAGCGGAUAGAUAUCCUUCAAAGACGAAUAAAAGAACUAGAAUCGACGAAUGGUGGUUCAGAUGGUGAUAGUGCACGAGUACGCGAUCUUGAAAGCCAACUGGAAGAACAUGAAAAGAUAAGCAAACAACAAGCAUUAAAGAUAGAAAAAUUAGAGCAAGAUUUUGAAAAAUUAAAUGAAGACUACCGACAGCAACAAGAGGUUUCUAAUGAAGUGCAAAAAGAAGCUUCCAAGUUAUUGGAAGAAAUAAAGUCACUUUCAAUAAAGAAUGAUGAUUUAUACUCAGAAAAAGAACAAGGCAUUGCUAAAAUUAAAUCUUUAUCGGAAGAAGUGAACGAGUGGAAGAGCAAGUAUGAGAAGGCAAAGACGGAAUUGAGAAAUUUGAAAGCAACAUCUUCAUUCUUCAAAGAAACUCCAAAAGUUGAUAUCGUGAAUGAUAGCUCUUUAACCCCGACUCCGGAUGGUGCGAUCGAUGAAUCCAAAAUUAUUGCUUAUCAAGUGGCAAUUGAUGAUUUAUUAAGAGCUGGACGAUCUGAUGUCUCAGCUAAUGUUCUCGUCGCUAUGAAAUCAAUCGUUAUCGCCUGUAAAGGUAUUACCGAAGAGGUUGACACAUAUGAACAACGUAAAGGCUCAUCAAUGAAAGCGGAAGAUAAAGAAAAAUUAAGUAAUCUAAAAACCAAGUUUUCUGCUACGCUCACAAAUCUUAUGGGUGCAGCAAAAAAUCACGCGACUGGAUAUGGUAUAUCACCUGUUAGUUUAUUGGAUGCAGCAGCGAGUCAUUUAACUGCUUCAGUUGUAGAGAUGGUUAAGCAUGUAAAGCUUCGGCGAACUAGGGGACAAGAUGUUAAUAGGCUUAGUUCAGAGCAUCCUCCUUUACCAUCAUGUGAAAAUACGUCUAAUGAACAAAUUACUUCACAGAGAUCCAUGGAUAGCCAGGAUGAUUCGAAUUCGUCAAUCGCGGGUCCUAAAUCUGAUUCAAAAAUUGAAAACCCGAAUGGAUACGCCAUUGGUGUAGAUGAAUUAAGAGAUUUUCUUGAACGUCAAACUGAAUCGAUAGUUCAAGCAAUUCAAACUCUUCUAACUGCCAUCAGAAACGGAUCAUUUGGCAAAGAACUCACUGACAAUAUUAACACUAUCACUACUAUUGUUCUUAAUGUUAUUGCAGUGUGCCGCGAUUCAUUUAGAUCCAAUAAUGUUCCUCAAAGUGUACGUGGUGAUGUUAUACUAAAAGAAUUAGAAGAUAGCAUUGAUAAAUUAGAUAAAAUGCGAGAAUUAAUAACAAAUAAUAGAGAGGACUUUCUUAAUAACCGGGCAUCAAAACAACGAUUGGCUAGUGCCUCGUUUGAAAUUGCAAAAUUUACAAAAGAAUUAGUAGGGUUAUUCGAAUAG